GGGCUGGGCGAUGGCGGCCGGGGCGGACCUGAGCGGCGGGCUGGAGCCGGUGGCGGUGAGGCUGUGGCCGCCCGGGGAGGCCCCGCCGGUCUUUCAGUACAGCCCAGACAACGUGGCUGGAGCAGACGGAGACAUUGACCCCACUGAAAUCACCUUUCCUGGAUGUUCUUGUCUCACCAGCUCCUGCGUGGUUCACGUGUGCUCGUGUCUUUGCCGUGGUGAAAAUUACAACAGCUUGUGUCUCAAGCCUACAGACAAAGAGGAGGAGUAUGCUAGGCCUGUUUUUGAAUGCAAUGCCAUGUGCCAGUGUGGUGAAUCCUGUCAAAACAGGGUUGUUCAGAGGGGUUUGCAAUUCAGACUUGAGGUAUUCAAGACUGAGAAGAAAGGGUGGGGUCUUCGCGCUCUGGAAUUCAUAGCUAAAGGAAGAUUUGUUUGUGAAUAUGCUGGUGAAGUUUUAGGCUUUAAUGAGGCACGUAGAAGAAUUCAGGCCCAGACAUCAAAGGAUUCGAACUAUAUUAUAGCUGUGAGGGAGCACCUCCAUAACGGCCAGAUAAUGGAGACGUUUGUUGACCCUACGUACAUUGGUAACGUAGGCAGAUUCCUGAAUCAUUCUUGUGAACCAAAUUUAUUUAUGGUGCCAGUUCGGGUUGACUCAAUGGUGCCUAAACUGGCACUUUUUGCAGCUACUGAUAUUUCUGCUGGAGAGGAACUUUCGUAUGAUUAUUCUGGAAGAUUCCAUAAUUCACCAAUAACUAACAGAGAACAAAAACCCUUAGAGGAAGACAACAGAUUGAGGAAACCUUGCUACUGUGGUUCCCGCACAUGUGCUUCCUUCUUACCUUGGGACAGCUCCCUCUUUUCUACACCAGACACUUGUUCAGGGAGCUCUCCAUAGCUUUUCAGUCCUUAAGCACAUACCUAAUGAAUACAAUUUUCUCUAGUAGUUAAAUUGCAGUUAAAUAACACUCUGAUUGUAUAUUCCACCAAGGAAGCAUGUGUGGUUUUAGUAACAGCUAAAAGACAAGAUUUUGGGAAUAACUUCAUGCAACAUCCUAGAGACUGUUUUCAAGGUGGAUGGGAGGGAACACUGGAGCUUCAACAUGUUCCAAAAUCAGUUGCUAAGCCAGGCCUGGUGUUUUUUUCUUGUUUUCUUCUGACAGCUUCCUGCAUGAUAAAGCAGCUCUCAGUCUGUACCUUUCAGAAGGAAUGAACUUGAACGCUGGUACACAGAAAGGACAUGUGAUAACAAUGAGAAAUGCCACUGAAAAUUGCACAGGAGAAUGAGACCAAGGAAUUUUGACAUUUGCAAGAAGGGCAUUAGGUUUCUUAAAUCCCAUUAAAAUAAAUUAUUAUUUUUUUAAUUACUUGCUAUAAUUUUUUUUUGUUCCACAAAACAGAAAUAGCUAUUAUUGAUGUAAAAAUCCUGCCCAGAAAGAUUAGAUGAACCGCUUGGCCCCUCCUUUUUCCAUCUUGUCAUGUCUAACUGCUUGCCAAAAUCUGGCAUUAAGUGACUAGUUCAAUUUCAUUGCCAUUUAGCUUUUGUGUGAACAGCACAGUGCUGCAGGCUCUGAGAGGCACAAUCAUCCCAUCUUUUUUAAACCAUCGCUAUCUCAUGGCUCAUCUAACAAGAUUUCUGCAGUAAUAGCAAGCAGCACUUCCAUGUUACUUGCCAGCACUAUUAUUACACACUCAGGAAGCAAAUUCAGACUGCAGUGUAAAGCAGUACGAUGCUGCUAUUCUGACUUCUGAAAUAGAUUAAAGUAGGAAAUAGAAAAGUACAUCUGAACAACAAUAAUUUGUCACUUUACAUUGUUGAAUGACUGACAGAUGUGUGAGCAUUCCAUUCCUUUCAGCUACUAACUGAUUUGUUUCCUACAGAACCAGACAGUAUUGAGCAAGGCCUGUCCUUUCCCAGCAGAGGGAAAAGGUCAUUGCCUCUUUUCAUCGUGCUUGUACAGAUCUAAUGUGCGCACACUGCUUACUGAGUGUCUCCUUGCACCAGGGAUCCACGGGAGAGCUUCCCGGAUGGGGUAUGUUCUGCAACUGCACGUUACUUCACUUGCUUUCUAGAACGAUCAAAUUAAGGAAGUUUCAAACAGGCUUGUUUUGAAUUUCCCCCAGCUUUGAUAUACAAGACAGAUAAACUGCAGUGCUACUGUUACAGUCGUGCCACAGUGCUGCAUCGGUGGCACAAGCCCCUGGGCUGUUUGCUUUGUACAGUUUGAUCUUUAUUCAUAACCUUUGACAAAACGGACACACACGAGCUGUUCUGGGGGACUUUGACAACUUUUCUUUUUUUUUAAAUAAGAGACAACUUUGAUUUGGACCUGAAAGAUUAACCUGAUACUGAUGAGGGACAAAGGACAUUUUGCUGCUAUUAUUUUGCUAUUUGCUAAACAGACAUCUUUGGGGUUACUUAUAGUUCCUAGAUAAACCUCAGUUUAGCUUUUCCCCAUUUAAUAUAUAUCUUUAUGCUUUUGUUACAAACUGCUGUUGAGAUUUACUUAUGGCUGUGGUUUUAGUUUAAGAUAAAGAUUACCACGUGAUUUUUUUCUUCAGGUUAAUGAUUAAGUGUCACUUCUGUCAGUACAGAAAGCUUCCAAAGGAUUUCAGCUGCUUGUGAAAAGUAAUUUACAAGCUGAGUGGCCAUUAACUUUAUUCCUCAUUCGAUUAAGGCUGCCUGCUUCUACAGAAGAGAAGUUCUCCAGGUCCCAUAAUUCUGAACACAUGCUCCACUAGAUCCCAGAGUAGAGCUUGGGUUGCAAGCUCUCUUGUCCUAUUAAGAGGCUUAUCUGGUUAUCUUCCCCCAAAGGGCACUGUGCCAGCCACCCAGCCACUUUCAGCCUGCAGGACUGGAAGUGGAUGAUCCAAUCUACUUCCUUUCCCUCCUGGAAGAAGUUUCAGGACUAGUUUCAUACCAUCUGUAUUCCUCUUCCUGAAGAUUAGAUGGGUUUUCAAGACGACAGCGCUGUUUGUUAGCUUCCUGUUAUGAAUACGUACUUGGCAUGAUUUUGAGUAGUUAAGGAAGUGCAGAUUCAAGAAAAAAACCACCCCAAAACACAAACCCCCAAGCACCAUUAGCAAUAUCUAGUCCUUGCAUCACCAGCCUUAAACCAGAGAACACAGCCGAGCCUUCUGUCUCUGUGCAACCCUACCCUCUCUCAGUCCCAGCCAGCUGAGGCUGUUUCUAGCAAGUGACCCGAGUAUCAGUUACCUGGUUAGAACAAACUUCCACAGCACAGAACGAUGAGCGUUGUACUGCUGAAAACAGCCAGCCACAUUAUAAAGGCCUUGCAAGAACGUGAAAUAAUACGUUGUCACUGAGUUCUAAACCAUUGUGGCAGAUACUAAUGGCCUUUUACCAAAAAAAAAAAAAAAAAAAUCCCCUUACAAGGGACUAAAAAAGACAACAGACCCUUGUUUCUACCUGCUGCAUUUCUGUUCACUUUUUCCUUCGGGUGCCUUUCAGCUUCAUCAAGUUCCACUCUACCACUUCGCAGUUCAGCGGGCUCUUUCACAGCAAAUCUGUGAGCUCUGUGUAAUCCUCCCUCCUCCUUUCUGCUCUCAAAGUGCAGUAACGAGUAUCAAUAUUUCAACAGUCAUCACUCAAAGUUUGGAGAUUUACUUUCCCCUUGAAAUCUGAUCAGAUUAAUUCAAGGAUGUUUAAUGAAAGAUCUUGUAAUAAAAUACAGUAACCAUUAUGCAAACAAAACCAGCACAAACGGGACACAUCCCACCAUCUCCACAGAAGGACAGGAACCUCCAUGUGCUACCCACAGCACAAGGAGUACUGACUGACAUAUACCUGAUGGUGUAGCAUCAUGAAACCAUUUAUUUAAAUAAAGUCAUAAGAAUUUUCCAAUAUAUGGAGUUGUGUGUAAUUUUUUCAAGGCUUUUUUUCCAGAAUAAACCCCAAAACUGACUCUAGGCAAAACCUUAUAAGGUAUAUUCCUUCUUGUGGCAGAUACAUGCUUUUUAGGAUAGAAAUAAAAAGAUAAUCUUUUCCUAUUACUCUCAGUAAAAUAGAUGGGUUUAAUGCAUAGAUUUUACUUAAACAUUUAAUGCUGCUAAUGCAGCCUUUACUACACUAAAUAUUUACCACAGCUUUUACCACGUGUAUGUGAGUGCCAAGUCAUAGAGGAGGAUUCUGGAAUUUUUUUUUUUCUGUGUGCUAGAAUUACCUUUACCCCCUGCUGGAGGCUGGGU